CCAAUUGCUUGAUCAUUGAAAAUUCUUAAACCCAAAUUCAUGCUAUUCCCAUUAUUUCAAUCGGCAAUCCAGAGUGCAUUCACUUUCCCCCCCACUACGAAGUUCACCCGCCGGAGUUGAGGCGGUGUUCACUGCAAUAAACCCAACACUAUGGUGCUUCAAGAUCUCCCGGACAAAAAAUUGUCGUUUAAUCGCACCAUUAAGUACGGAGAUUUAGUAAUUGUGUAUGAAAAGCACGACGCAAUGAAAGCCGUGAUGGUUUCAGAGGACGGGGUUGUACAAAAUCGUUUCGGGGCGUUUAAGCACUCGGAUUGGACAGGAAAACCUUUCGGAUCCAAAGUAUUUGGACAUAAAGGAGGGUUUGUUUACCUGCUGGCCCCAACGCCGGAGCUGUGGACACUCGUUCUGAGCCACCGGACUCAGAUUCUGUACAUCGCUGAUAUCAGUUUCGUGAUUAUGUAUCUGGAGAUAGUUCCGGGCUGUUUGGUUCUAGAAUCGGGAACGGGUAGCGGCUCAUUGACCACUUCGCUGGCGAGAGCUGUUGCUCCCACCGGUCAUGUUUUCACAUUUGAUUUUCACGAACAGAGAGCUGCCUCUGCUAGAAUCAGUCAAUUCAGUCAUUUCAGCCAGUUUCGUCACAAUCAACCAGUUCAGUCAAUUUCAGUGUUACCAAACAGGCUCUUUGUAGUAGCCAAUUGAGCACUUUUUCAAGGUUUGUGACUUUGCUGUUUGCUCAAGCCUUUUAUCUCCCUGUAAGCAUAUGUGAUCAAAAAGUUUUGUGAUGUCAACAUUUUAGUUCAGUUAAUGUGAUCUGACUCACUCGCUAGAAUUCAAAAUCUUCCAUAAAGGGAUGAUUUUGAGAGGACAGGAAUAAGUGAGCUAGUAAAAGUUGGGGUGAGAGACAUACAAGGUGAAGGGUUCCCUGAAGAGUUCACCGGAAGGGCAGAUUCUGUCUUCCUCGACCUCCCUCAGCCAUGGACAGCCAUACCUUCAGCUGGGAAAAUGUUAAAAGAAGAUGGAAUCUUGUGCUCCUUCUCCCCAUGCAUUGAACAAGUCCAACGCUCGUCUCAAGAAAUGGAAUCUCAUUGUUUUACAGAUAUAAGAACAUUUGAAGUGCUUCUCCGCGCCUAUGAAGUUGGGAAGAAAAGCAUGGAGAACAGCCUGAACAAAGAAGAGUCCAUUGAGGAACAUACACAGAAGAGAAAGCGAGGGUCUGGAGGAGACAACUGGAGUGUGAUGGUGAGGCCUUCUAGCGAGGCAAGAGGGCAUACUGGCUAUUUAACAUUUGCCAGGCUUAAAUGCGUUAACGGUCCUGUUUUUAAGGAAACCUAAAGGAUUUCAUAAUAUGAAUAGUGAUGAAUCAUUUUUGCUUCAAAAGUCAAAACAAAUCAAAUUACAAUUUAUUCCUUCUGAGCACAUCACAUGUGUUUAUGGAAACUUUGCUUCAGUGAGAUUUGCAUCUCAUUAAUUAUGUUGUGUGCACAACAGCUAGGAGACUACAAAUUAGAUCUCAUUUGAUGUUGAGGAAAACGGGAAUUAAGACGGAGAAAAAUGAAAAGGAAUGAAAAUGUGGUGAGGGGACAUGAUAAAACUCGAGAACUU